GCUCACAGACCUUUUGUUUGCUUUCUGCUUAAUGGAGGGACCUUAAAAUCCUCCUCACUUUCUCUCUCUCUCUCUCUCUCUCUCUCUCUCUUUCUCAAACGUACUUUCUCUCUCCUCAUCUAGUUUCUUCUACGUUUAAUUCCUUCCGGAAUUCUUGUUGUUAAUCGGAUCUUCUUCUCUCCUGUGUUGUUUGACUCGUAAUUUCACUUCGAUUUCUCAGAUUAACAAGAACUCAAAAACUCUUCGAUCUGAUGACUCCACCACUCUUAGGCGUUGAAGAUGGACAGGGAAACGUCUCGGCUUCCACCAUGGAAUCGAUUUUCCAAAAAACCUCUGGAUUAACUGAACGAAACUACCUUGGAUUAUCAGAUUGUUCAUCAGUCGAUAGCUCUGCUGUUUCUAACAUCUCAGAAGUGAACAGAAACAAUCUAAACCUUAAAGCUACUGAACUACGACUUGGUCUUCCAGGAUCUCAAUCCCCUGAACGUGAUCCACAAACAAACUCCGAGAAUCUCGAUGAAAAACCCUUGUUCCCAUUACUUCCUUCAAAAGAUGGAAUCUGUUCUUCCGCUUCACAAAAGAUCAUCGUUUCUGGAAAUAAAAGAGGAUUCUCCGACACCAUUGAAGGGAACUGGAUGUUUGCUUCAUCUGCAACUGAUUCUGAUGCUUCAAAGACUCAAGGAAAAGCGAAUAAUAGUAACACUCAAUCUCCCAUGAUUAAAGAUUCAACAACAUCAUCAAAGGCUCCAUUACCAAUUACUCUUAACAAAGUCAACAGUUCUAGUUCUAAUCCUCCUGCUGCUAAGGCACAAGUGGUGGGUUGGCCUCCAGUUAGAUCAUUUCGGAAGAACAUUUUGGCUACAAAUUCAAAGAACAAUGAUGAGGUGGAUGGAAAACCUGGACCUGGUGCUUUAUUUGUGAAAGUUAGUAUGGAUGGAGCUCCAUAUCUGAGGAAGGUUGAUUUAAGGAGUUACACUACUUAUCAAGAACUCUCAUCUGCACUUGAAAAAAUGUUUAGUUGUUUCACUAUUGGUCAAUGUGGAUCACAAGGAGCUCCAGGAAGGGAAAGUUUAAGUGAGAGUAAAUUGAGGGAUCUUUUACAUGGUUCAGAGUAUGUGCUUACAUAUGAAGAUAAAGAUGGUGAUUGGAUGCUUGUGGGAGAUGUUCCUUGGGAUAUGUUUAUUGGUUCUUGCAAGAGGUUGAAGAUCAUGAAGGGGUCUGAUGCUAUUGGUUUAGCUCCGAGGUCAAUGGAAAAGUCAAAGAACAGAAAUUAAAAAAAAAGCUUUUGGUGAAGGUGAAGAAAUGAAGAGCCACUUUAUGUUUUGAUUGCAUAGUUUCUAUGAAUAGUAAGAGUAAAAUGUCUGCAAGUUUUUAUUUUUAUUAUUAUUAUAUUAUUAUUAUUAUUAUCAUUAUGUUGCUUUUUAUAGGAAAAAAACCUCUUGUUGUUUUCAAUUACUCUCUUUGUAUUUCCAUGUGUGUGAUUGGGGGACAUUGUUGAACCACAAUGUUUCUUGGACUUCUUGUAGUCAACUAAUGUGUCAAACGAUAUGAUAUUAUUGUUUGUAUGAAUUUUGUGUUUUGGAUUGUA